AUGGCUGAAGACAUUUUGAUCCGAAUGCGUCAUCGUACAAGAAAUCAAGAUUUGUUGCUUACAUUGGACAUGUAUAAUGAGGCAUUAAUAGCACUCGAAGAUUUGUGCCUUGCGAUUGCUAAUAAAGCAUUAGGGCAAUUAGGUUUACCUUCUGCCAAUCGUCCAAUGCAUGAUUUAUUUGAUCGAGAAUUACAACAUGAACGAGAAUAUGAUGCAAAUGAAUUGCAAACAUUUGUAAAUUUGAAUGUUACAAAAUUGAACGUUCAUCAAAGACAUGUUUACGAUACCAUCAUGCAAGCAGUGAAAAAUCGGACUGGUGGAUUGUAUUUUUUGGAUGCGCCUGGUGGUACGGGAAAAACAUUUGUCAUAUCACUGAUUUUGGCUGCCAUUCGAUCGCAAAACAAAAUUGCACUGGCACUAGCUUCGUCUGGAAUUGCGGCAACUUUAUUGGAUGGUGGACGAACAGUACACUCCGCAUUAAAAUUGCCAUUGAAUGUACACGUGCUUGAAAAUCCCACAUGCAAUAUUUCAAGGAAUUCUGCAAUGGCAAAAGUUUUGCGGCAAACAGACAUCAUUUUAUUGGAUGAAUGUACGAUGACUCAUAAAAAAUCGUUAGAAGCACUUGAUCGGACAUUGAAAGAUAUACGUGGCAAUGCUGGAAUAUUUGGUGGUGCAUUAAUUUUGUUGUCCGGCGAUUUUCGCCAAACAUUACCAGUGAUUCCAAGAUCAACACCGGCGGAUGAGAUCAACGCAUGCUUAAAGUCAUCGAUUUUGUGGCCACAUGUUCAAACUAUGACACUGAAUAUUAACAUGCGUGUUCAGUUGAACAAUGAUCCAUCUGCAUAUCACUUUUCAAAACAAUUGUUGGACAUCGGCAAUGGUAAAAUUCAAAGCACCAACGGAUUUAUAACGUUGCCAAACAAUUGUUGCACCAUUGUUGAAUCUCAUGAUGAACUAAUUGAUCGCGUCUUUCCAAACAUUGUUGGAAAUAUUAUGAAUCAUACUUGGUUAAGAGAACGCGCAAUACUGGCACCAAAAAAUGUUAAUGUAAAUGACAUUAAUUUUGAGAUUCAAGAAAAAUUGCCAGGUGUCGUAACAUUAUAUAAAUCAUUCGACAGCGCAAUGAAUCAAGAUGAUGCAGUAAAUUAUCCAAUUGAAUUUUUGAAUUCUUUGGAACCGCCUGGUAUGCCGCCUCAUUGCUUGAAUUUAAAGAUCGGCUCAUCCAUCAUUUUGUUACGCAAUUUAAAUGCACCAAAGCUUUGCAAUGGAACACGACUUGCAGUAAAAAAACUUAUGUUAAAUUUGAUUGAAGCCACAAUAUUGACUGGCACAUCGAAAGGUGAUGUUGUGCUUAUACCACGUAUUCCGAGAUAA